AUGUCUGCCGACUUGGAUCCGGCGAGUGUCAACCUAGACACCGCAGACCCAGCACAGAUCAUCUGUUACCUGAACAAAGGCGGUAACGACUACAACGGCCAACUCGGCGCACGUGUCUCCGCCAUCUUCGUAAUCCUCCUCGUCUCCUCCGCCGCCACCUUCUUCCCCGUCCUUGCAGCAAGGGUGAAAUGGCUUAGGGUAAACAUCUACGUAUACCUCUUUGCGCGAUACUUCGGGGCCGGAGUAAUAGUUGCAACAGCCUUCAUCCAUCUCCUCGACCCAGCAUACUCUGAAAUCGGCCCCCAGACAUGCGUAGGCAUGACAGGCCACUGGGCAGACUACGCCUGGUGCCCCGCCAUAGUCCUAACAUCCAUCAUGCUGAUCUUCCUGCUCGACUUCGGCGCCGAGCGCUGGGUGGAGUCGAAAUACGGCUUUUCGCACAGUGAGAGCAUCGAGGAUAUCAUUACCGACAAGCCCGGCCCCAAACACAGCCGCUCGCUUACGCAUCACCAGCUGCAUUCUGGGGAUCAGGAUGAGAAUAUGCAUGAUGCUAUUGCGGCGGCUCAGGACGCGAGGCAUGUGCCGUUGGGUAAGAAUGAUGGAUCUGGAUCUGGGUCUGGGUCUGGGUCUGGAACUUCGGAUUUAGAGGAUCAAAGACUGUCUGUGGUGGAGCAGGAAGAGCAGUCUUUUAGACAGCAGAUCGCAGCAUUUCUAAUCCUGGAAUUCGGCGUCAUCUUCCAUAGCGUAAUCAUCGGGUUGAAUCUCGGGACCACGGGCGCCGAAUUCGCUACUCUGUACCCGGUGCUUGUCUUCCACCAGUCCUUUGAGGGUCUAGGCAUCGGUGCGAGGAUGUCUGCUAUUCCGUUCCCCAAGAGGCUGGGCUGGCUGCCGUGGUUUCUGUGUGCGGGGUAUGGCCUUACGACGCCGGUUGCCAUUGCGAUUGGGUUGGGACUGAGGAAUACUUAUGAUGCGGGGAGCACGACGGCGAAUAUUGUGUCUGGUGUGCUUGAUGCGACGAGUGCGGGGAUUUUGAUAUACACGGGGUUGGUGGAGUUGCUGGCGAGAGAUUUCUUGUUCAAUCCUGAGUUGACGAGGGAUUCGAGGAGACUGGUGUUCAUGGUGGUCUGUUUGUAUCUUGGGGGUGGCUAUAAUGGCAUUGUUGGGGAAGUGGGCGUAGAGAGGUAA